GUCCAGAGCCUCCUGGGGGACGGAGCCUCCAUCACCUGGGACCACAUGGACCAGAUGCCCUACACCACCAUGUGCAUCAAGGAGGCCCUGAGACUCUAUCCACCAGUACCAAGUGUGAGCAGAGAUCUCAGUAAACCUAUCACUUUCCCUGAUGGACGCUCCCUACCCAAAGGUUUCAUGGUCACACUCUCCAUUUAUGGCCUUCAUCACAAUCCGAAGGUGUGGCCAAACCCAGAGGUGUUUGAUCCUUCUCGAUUUGCACCUGGAUCUUCUCGACACAGCCACUCCUUCCUGCCCUUCUCAGGAGGAUCAAG